AUGGUGAUGUUUAUGGCAUCAGUGCUAGUGAUACUGGUGUUUGAAGCCGCCUAUAACAGUCAUCCUGUGAAAUGCCCUAUAAGUCUCCCUCUUGCUUUUCUUCACAAAGAUUACCAUCCUGGUGACUUUAUCAUUGGUGCUAUUCUCUCUCAGAUCUAUGUAUUUCCCCCUUCAGCAACCUUUGAAAGAAAUCCCUCUUCUGAUGUGUUUGACAAUGUCAUCAAUUUCCAUCCCACCUGGACUUUCCGUGUGUCACUGGAACUUCUUUCCACACAGGGCAAGUUUAUCCCUAACUACAAGUGUGAUAUGCAGGCUAAUUUGGCAUCGGUGAUUGGAGGUCCUGAUGCUGGUGUGUGUCACUACAUGGCAAUCAUUUUGUACAAUUACAAGAUUCCGCAGUUGGCCUAUGGGUCCUCACCAGUGAUGAAUGACAUAUCCCAAAAAGUUUUCCUUCACCAAAUAUUUCCAGACAUCAACCAACAAUAUAAGGGGAUCCUCCAAGUACUGCUUUAUUUCCAGUGGAUAUGGAUUGGAGUGAUUUUCUAUACCAAUGUCAGUGGAGAAAAAUUUGUAGAAAAUCAGCUCCCCAUGUUUGUCCAGGCAGGUAUCUGCUUUAAUUUUAUAGAAACAUUUCCACUAGUAAAUUUUUCAACUGAAAUCACUAAAAUGGUUGCAGAAGGAGAAAAAACUACUAGGCUCAUUAUGGAAGCCACUACUAAUGUAGUUGUUGUACAUGGAGAAAUUCAAACAAUGGUGGUUUUAAGGGCAAUGCUUCAUAUCUCUGAAUUUGAAGAAAUCCCAAUGAAAACCAAAGUAUGGAUUUUCAUAGCCCAGAUGGAUUUCACAUCAAUGUCUUUUCAACGAAGCUGGCCAAUUGAUUUCCUGCAUGGUGCGCUCUCUUUUGCAGUCCACAGUGAGGAAGUGCUGGGAUUCCAUGAGUUCCUUCAAUACAGGAAGCUGACAUUGGAACAAGAAGAUGGUUUUUCUAGGGAUUUCUGGAAAGAGGCAUUUCAGUGUUCUUUCUCCACUGUUGCUGGAGAACCAAUGGAAGAAGAUAUCUGCACUGGAGAAGAGAACCUGGAUCAACUUCCUGGGUCAAUUUUUGAAAUGAGCAUGAGCAGCCACAGCUACAGCAUCUAUAAUGCUGUCCAUGUAGUGGCAGAAGCUUUACACAAUAGGCACUCCUCUGCAAUGAAAAAAGUAGCAAGACGAAAUGAGCAGAGACAACAGUUUCUCAAACAACAACCUUGGCAGCUUCACCACUUCUUAAGAAGUGUUUCAUUUAACAACAGUGUUGGAGAAAUGCUUUCCUUUAGUUCCAAAGGGGAAUUAAUAGCAGGAUUUGAUAUUAUCAACUGGAUCACAUUUCCAAAUCAGUCCUUUGUUAGAGUCAAAGUUGGGAAAAUGGCACCACAGAAUGCCCCUGACUUGGAUGAUUGUUUUCAGUGUCCAGAAGAUCAGUAUCCCAACAAAGACCAGAAUCUGUGCCUUCCAAAGAAUAUCAGCUUCCUUUCAUUCGAAGAACCUUUAGGAAUCGCACUCACUGUUCUUGCCCUUUUCUUUUCUUUUCUCACAGCUUUGGUGCUUCAACUCUUCAUUAAGCACCAGGAGACUCCCAUUGUCAAAGCAAACAAUCAGAACCUCAGCUAUAUUCUCCUCAUUUCCCUCUUAUUUUCUUUCAUUUGCACUUUGCUUUUUAUUGGACAGCCCACAAAGCUUAUGUGUCUCCUUCGACAAACAGCUUUUGGCAUUAUCUUCUCAAUAGCCAUUUCUUGUGUUUUGGCCAAGACUAUUGUUGUGGUCCUUGCCUUCAUGGCAACCACACCAGGAAGUGGAAUGAGAAAAUGGUCUGGCAAAUACUUGGCCAACUCCAUUGUUCUUUCCUGCUCUUUUAGUCAAGCCUUGAUUUAUAGUGUGUGGUUGGUCACUGCUGCCCCUUUUCCUGAUGUUGACAUGCACUCCCUGAUAAAAGAAAUUAUUUUGAAGUGUAAUGAAGGAUCUGUUACCAUGUUUUACAUUGUCCUGGGCUUUUUGGGCUUCCUGGCUACCUUCAGCUUCUCAGUGGCCUUCCUGGCUAGGAACUUGCCUGACUCUUUCAAUGAAGCCAAGUUUAUCACCUUCAGCAUGUUGGUCUUCUGCACAGUCUGGGUGUCCUUUGUUCCAACGUAUUUAAGCACAAAAGGCAAGUACAUGGUGGCCAUGGAGAUUUUUUCCAUCUUGGCCUCCAGUGCUGGUUUAUUGGUCUGCAUCUUUUCCCCCAAAGUGUAUAUUCUUCUGCUGAGACCUGAGCUGAACUGUAGGAAGCACUUAAGGAGAAAAUAA